AUGUGUCCAGGACACUUAAAGAUGGAAGCAGAAAAUAUUCGUCAAUCUACUGUAACGAUGGCGCAUGAAUUGGCUCAUGCUUUGGGCUUCAUGCGUGAUGCCUUCAGAUACACGCGUGACAAAAACAACGAACCAAGAACAAAUCGUGAUCCUCAAACAGAUGAACCAAAUGAAAUAGAUGCAAAUCAGUAUAGCAUUCCAGGACCAAGGGUUCUGAGCACUGUGACUCGUGUGUGGAGAUCAUACAGACAUGCUACCUAUCGUGAAGUGACCGUGCUUAUAACACCAAUAAUGGUGGAAAAAGCAAGGGAAUACUUCAAUUGUCAACAACUAGAUGGUGUAGAACUUGAAAGUGAAGAAAGUGAGGGCAAUAGACAACACAUUGAACGGAGAAUACUUGAAAAUGAAAUAAUGACCGCUCUUUACACCCAACGUUCAUACGUUUCGCCAAUUCUCCUUGGAUAUUUUGAAGACACCGGGUGGUAUAUUCCAGAUUAUACAAAAGCAAACAAGAUUACCUAUGGUAAAAACCUUGGAUGUAAUUUUAUCAUGAGGAGUUGUUACGAAUAUAUGCAGAUACAGAAAGCAAAAGGAGAAAGCUUUUAUCCAUACUGCGAUUACCAUGAUUUUUAUAAAACUCUUUGCCUUAAAAACCAAAACGCCUACGGAUACUGUGAUUUGACUACAUUCACAGACGAUUUGGAUGCUGAAUUCCGGUAUUUCGAGAAUCCUAGACUCGCACCAUCAAAAAAUUACCUUCUUCAUGGUUAUGGAGAAGAUGCAAUUUGCAUAGAUCAUGAUAAAAGUAAACAAUGGGAAAUUCAUGAACAGGGAAGAACCAAAGUUCAAGAUUCACCUCAGUCAACAUGUCUAAAGAAAUGUCCAAGAGAAUAA